UGCGUAUCCUUCAAAGUACAUCUCAAUCAUCGCUUUUACUCACCUGCAGUCUGCUUGCUGCACCGGCACAAACUGUGCACAUCGACCUCCUACCUUUCUACUUCUCACGUUCAAUCUGCACUCCUUACGCCGUCUCCUUUAUCGCCCCCUUCGUCCAACAUCAAUCGCUCUCAACUCUCCGACCACUUUCUCUCAUCGUCUACAUUCUUGCACGAAACAGCUCUAGAACGUCUCCCAUACUCCGACCCUACUAGCCAGUCACGAUCAAGUUGAGCUGCAACCAUCAUCACAUCCAUAAUGGCGUCAUCAUCUCUUCCCAUUCUUUCACCCCUUGUGACGCGAAUCCUCGAAGUGUCUGGCUUCUCCUCGGACCUCAAGACCCGUGACAUAUCCUCCAUAUUUGCAACUUGGGAAGAUGAUAGAGGCGGGUUCAAGAUCAAAUGGGUGGAUGAUACUACUGUGCUCAUCAUCUUUGCCGAUCCUGCAACUACCAAGAAGGCGUAUCUGAAUACCCUCUUGAAUUUUCCUCCGGCAUUGAUUGACGCUUCUGGUAAGAGGGCAUCGAUAAAGCCGUACGAUGGCGACGAUGCAUCAACAGUCAUUGCUUCGGUCCACCGUCGCACACGUUCACGAUCAAAUGCGGCAAAUCUUGCCGGGUUUCCUAACUCUCCGAGCCAGGGUACAAGUAGCCUUCCGGGUGGGGUAGCUUCCUCACCACAGACGCGACAUCGCCACACAGGCAGCAAUGUCUCGAUCAGCACCCUUUCCACUGCUGGUAGCCUUUCUCGAGCAAUGGGAUCGUCGUUUAAGCAAGGCCAUUUGCGACAUCCGUCUGGGUCAAAUCCAUCCUCCUUGCCACCUAAACCCAUCGCAGCAGCGCUCUAUGACGCAGCGAAUGGUGGUCCGAGCCCGGCUCACCACCUUUCAAAUACGGCACGCGAGCAGGGAGUACCGCUGCCUCUAGCUGCCGGCGCGGCUAGUACAUCUGGUCGCAGUACAUUGUCGAAGGAUGCGGUCGGCGAGAUCGAUAUCAUGAGCGGCACGGAAGAUGCGUCGGGAAGCAAUGGGAGGGGCACACAGGCCUCUCAAGCUGGACGCGUGGGCGACGCCGGCAAGCGGCUAGUCGCUGGAGCGUUGGGCGUCCGGCAUCCUGGGUUGGAGUCAAGAGCGGAUGGCAAAUGGUCUCCCAGCGCGAGUGACGCUGGGUCUGCACCUGCUUGUGGCGACACUUCGGCAGCCGCGUCUCUACCACAGGGCAUGGAUGAUCUUACCAUUCGCUGAUUAUGCAGUGCUCCAAUAUCCAACCCGCUGCGCAUCGCAUUCUACUAGCAGCGCUUCUGACUCAACGACUGAGUGCAUAUCAGCAUUUAGGAACAUCUCCUCUAGCAGUGGCCAGCCCAACGCGCUUAGGUGUCGCCACCUUCGAAUGGGGUCCUGUAAUCAGCACUGCGCUGUGUAUAUUAGCUGUCUACACCAGUCCUGCAUGCAGCAUGCAAAUCAGUGUACAGCGAAGCGUAACCACGGACCAC